AUGCUCUCACUAUCGGGCCUCCGUAGCACCGACGCUCUCCACCACAUGAGGAAACGACCUCUCAGCCAGAAAGCAGAAGCGAAUCCGUGGACCGACACACCACUCAUAGUCACCAACCGCUGCCCCGAGACGAUCUGGCCGGGCAUAUCUACACAGUCAGGGUAUGGCCCUCCACUGAACGGCUUCGAGCUCAAGUCAGGCAGCAGUCAGAACCAGACUGUGUCAGCGGACUGGCAGGGACGGAUUUGGGGCAGAACCAACUGCACGUUCAACAAUGGUAACGGUGGGGGGAAAGCGUGCGGCUCAGGGGAUUGCAACGGCGUUCUGGACUGUAGGGUCGGCGGUGACACGCCAGUCACGCUCGCCGAAUUCACGUUAAACGCCGGCGACGGCCAAACCUACUACGACAUCUCGUUGGUCGACGGCUACAACCUCCCCCUAGCCAUCGUGUUACAGCCGCUCGGCAACAGGUCCAUGGAGGAGAUUCCUCCCAACCUAACGAACCCCUCCUGCAUGGCCACCGGUGAGCUCCUCGCCGAGAAGAACUUCUCGCCCUACGACUCCGGCCAGCAGUUCUUCCUAGGCACUACCUCCGCGAACCCGCUACCGUUCGAGAACAGCGUCAGCGUCAACGACGUAAUCCGGUGGUGUCCCUGGGAUCUGCAGGUCAAACCGCCGACCGCGCCUGGCGACGGCGUGUAUCCGUAUCCGGACGACAUCAUGUGGCGGCCGAGCUUCAACCCGUGCUACUCCGCCUGCGCGAAGUGGAACAAGCAGGAGGACUGCUGUACGGGGAGUUAUGGGUCGCCGAGCACGUGCCAGCCGAGCGAGUAUAGCAGGGCAGCGAAGAGGGUGUGUCCGGAUGCUUACAGCUACGCUUUCGACGACCAGACCUCAACAUUCAUUAUCCCCGCCGGCUCCGGCUUCGAAGUCGUCUUCUGUCCCGGCGGCCGCUCGACAAAUAUCCUAGCCUCCGAGGCCGACCAGCUGAACCAGUUAGCCAACACGGGCCAUGUUUCUGGCAGUAAUAGUAAGUAG